AUGGCAAAAGAAGAGAAGAAUCAGGAUAAAGAUGUUGAGGUGAUUACUGCUGUAUACAAAGUUAACCUUCAUUGCCCUCAAUGUGCAUGCCAGAUCCAGAAGCCCCUCUUGAGAACCCAAGGGGUGCAUGAAGUGGAGGUCCAUAUGGAGAGGAAUGAAAUUAGGGUAAAGGGCAGGAUUGAGCCCAAAAAGAUGCAUGAAAGAAUAAAGAAAUUGUGUAAGAGAGAGGUAGAGAUGAUGGUCCCUGCUGCUGCUGCUCAAGGAAAGGCCAAGGAUGGCAAUAAUGUGACAGAGAAGACACUAGUGAAGGAGACUAAAGAAGUCACAGUGGCCCAACAAAAGAACAAGGAUGGCCUUGCAACAGAGAAGAUAAUGGUGAAGGACACUAAAGAACAAAAACUAUGCACAACAAGAAUAAAGGUUCACUUGCACUGCGAAAAAUGUGGUCAUGACUUGGAGAAGAAGUUGAUCAAGAAUAAAGGUGUGUAUAAUGUUAACAUUGAUGUACAAGCUCAGAUUUUAAUAGUUGAAGGAACCAUUGAGCCUGAGAAACUGCUUGGAUACAUACAAAAGAAGGUGCACAAGCAUGCAGAGAUCAUUACCCCAAGACCAGAACAAGAAAAGGAGGAGCAAAACGAAAGCCUGAAAGUAGAGACAAAGAACAUGAAAGUAAAGAAAAAUGUAGGAUUCAAAGAAGAAAAGGGUGUGGAGCUAAAAAUCAAGGAUGGGGAAGCAAAGAACAUAGAAGUAAAGAAAAAUGUAGGAUUCAAAGAAGAAAAGGGUGUGGAGCUAAAAAUCAAGGAUGGAGAAGCAAAGAACAUAGGAGUACUAAAGAAAAGUGUAGAGUUUAAGGAAGAAAAGGAUGAGGAGCUAAAGAUGAAGGAUGGCAAUAAUGUUCCAUAUUUCAUUCAUUAUGCCUUUGCCCCUCAGAUUUUUAGUGAUGAAAAUCCAAAUGCAUGUUCUAUAUUGUAGAUGGGUACCAAACACUAGCUCUUAAUAUCUAUAUAUAGCAUUGUAAUUAGAUGGGUUAAUUAACAUGCCCGACUCUACAUUUAAUUGGGAACAUACAAUUUGAGCUUUUGCUU